GCAUAGUUUGCUUCUCAUAACUUGAAGGCGUUGAUGCCAGUGGGUCUUGGUUCCAGAGGAACAUUUUUCGUUGAUCCACUGACAUAUUGAUUGUUAAGACCAUCAUGCGCAGGUAUUUUUUACGCCGUUCGUUUUGGCGAAAAAAUAACCUAUUACUUUUGGGAUUAGUAUGUUUCGGACUUAUGUUCAUUCUAUGGAUAAACACAAAUAAUCUUGAUCAUAAUAAGUUGACUGCAGAUUCUGCCUAUCUACCUGGCCAAAAACGCAUAGAUCAGAUUUUAGCACGUCCACCAGAUCAACAGCUUACAAAUCAUGAAAAAGUCGAAAAUCAACAUAAAGCUCAAAAGGACAAUUCAGUUAUCGAGAAUCAUCCAAACGCACCUCAAUUUCCAAAUGCCAAUCCUCAUCCUCCUAUUGAUAAAGAUCCAGGUCAUGAAGAAGAUGUCAAACAUCAAGCUGUCGAUGAUAAUAUCAACGCAAAUCAUUUACCUGAUAUUGAACCGGCUGUUCAUGAGCCUGAAGAAAAUAAUGUUCUUGUACGACCUGAAGAUAAAGACAAUUCUAUAAUACACGACAACAAUGAAUUGAAUAAAAACAAUCAUUCAAACAUAUCAUCAGCUAUUGCUAAGUUAGGUUUAUUUCCUAGUUCUCCUCCUACAAAAAGCGAUGAAUAUUCAAAAGGUCCUGGUGAAGGAGGUGAGGCAUAUACAAUAAACGAAGACAGUUUAUCACCAUCUGAAAAGCAGAUUUAUGACAAAGGAUGGAAAGACAAUGCCUUUAAUCAGUAUGCUAGUGAUCGAAUAAGUGUAAGACGCUAUUUACCAGACUAUAGAAAAGGAACGUGUAAAGUUGACAAAUAUGCAAGUGAUCUACCAUCAGCAUCUGUGAUAAUAUGUUUUCAUAAUGAAGCAUGGUCAGCAUUAUUACGUUCAGUGCAUUCAGUGAUUGAUCGAUCACCGCCAAAUAUGCUACAUGAAAUUAUAUUGGUUGAUGAUUAUUCUGAUCAUCCUCAUCUCAAAGAAGCAUUGGAAGAAUAUAUGGCAAUGUUAAAAGUUGUCAAAAUUGUUCGUACUAAACAACGUGAAGGAUUGAUUAGAGCAAGAAUGAUUGGUGCAGAUCAUAGCACUGGGAAAGUUCUUCUGUUUCUUGAUUCACAUAUUGAAUGUACCACAGGAUGGCUUGAACCGCUUUUAGAUCGAAUCGCUUAUAAUGCUACCAUUGUUGUUGUUCCUGUCAUAAGUAUCAUAGACGAAAAGACUUUUAUUCACAUCAAAGAAAAUAUUUCCGACCUUCAAAUUGGUGGUUUUGAUUGGAGUUUAACAUUUGAUUGGCAUGAACUAAGUGAUCGAGAUAGAAAUCGUCCCGGUGCACCAUUUUCACCAAUUAGAACUCCUGCAAUGGCAGGUGGUUUAUUUGCUAUAGAUCGUGAGUAUUUUGAUUAUCUUGGUCGAUACGAUCCUGAUUUGGAAAUCUGGGGCGGUGAGAAUUUAGAAUUAUCAUUUAGAAUUUGGAUGUGUGGUGGUAGUUUAGAAACAGUGACAUGUAGUCAUGUUGGUCAUGUUUUUCGUCAAAAUGCACCAUAUAGUUCAACUAUUAAAUAUGAGGAACCGCUGAAACGUAAUUUACUUCGUUUAGCUGAAGUAUGGCUUGAUGAUUAUAAACAACAUUUUUAUGAACGUAUUGGAUUUAAACUAGUUGAUUUUGGAAAUGUUUCAGACCGGAAAGCAUUACGAGAAAAAUUAAAAUGUCGUUCAUUUGAUUGGUAUUUAACUAAUAUUUAUCCUGAACUACUUGUUCCUUCGAAUGUUCAAGCUUCUGGUGAUAUUGAAAAUGUUAAUAAUCCAUAUUGUUUAGAAGCACCAUCACUUUCAGAGGUAUAUUUGGAAUCAACGUUUAUUAAAAUUGCACCAUGUCAUAGAGAAGGAGGUGAUCAGUUUUGGUUUUUAACUAUGGAAAAACAAAUUCGACGUGAUAAUUAUUGCUUUGAUUCUGAUUUUGGCAAUUUUACAAUUGGUUUACGUGAUUGUGAAUCUUCAUGUAAAACUCAAGAGUUCACAUAUGAAUUAGAUAACACUAUUCGUCAACAAGGUAAAUGUCUGCAAAUCAGUGAUGAUGAAUCAAAGCUACGACUUACUCCAUGUAAUGGAUCAAUAAGUCAACAAUGGAAAUUUAAUCGGAAAUCUAAGCUACCAUCAUCUACGACUAAUAAAUAUUGAUGAAUUGAUGAAUUUUGAUAUACUUUAUUAUUAUUUUUUGCUGUAUCAUUUGUUUAUAUCUUGUCGACCAAAU